GCGGGGAAAGCGGCUGCGGGGCGGCCCGGGCUCCCGCGCAGCGAGCGAGGGAGAACGGGAUGGGCAGCGCUGCCUUCUCCCACCGAACCCCCGCCAGACGGAGCCCAGGGGCGGGCGGGGUGCGGAGCAGCUCCCGCGGCCGGGACCGGCGCCGGCGGAGCCGCGGUCGCCAUGGGGACGCGUCGUGCCCGGCCGGGCCGCGCUUCCUGCCGGUGCGGCGCCACUAGUGCCCGGCUGGAAACAGCCGGGGCGGCGCGGGAGCCACGCGCGCUGCGGCCCCGGCCGAGCUAAAGGGCCUAAAGGCGUAAAGCGCCACGGGGCACAGUAGGGUGUUUCCCGCCGGACGAGUUAUGCGUGGCACUGCCGCCGAUGGUGCGGGGCAGUGCUGAGGACGUGAUUUCAAAGCCAGUCAGGCUAUGGCCUUUGAAAGGAUAAACCAGAAGGACUGGUACAAGGUCCUGGGGGCCAAACCAUCGGACAGCCCAGCAGAACUGAAACGGAAAUACCAAAAACUCGCUUUGUUGUAUCAUCCCGACAAACAGGAGGCAGAUGUGCCAGCAGGAGAAGUGGAGGAGCGCGUGCAGCGGUUCAUCGAAAUUGAUCAAGCGUGGAGAAUUCUAGGGAACGAGGAGACAAAAAAAGAGUAUGACCUGCAGCAGCGUGAAGAUAACCUGACAAAAGAAUGGCCACUUCAUGCACAGAUUUAUCUUGAGGAUAUGUCCUGGAAUGAAGAUGAACAACUCUACACUCUCUCCUGUCGAUGUGGUGGGAAUUACAGUGUCUUCAAGAGUGAAACCAAAGAUGUAUCUUUGGUUUGUUGUGACACAUGUUCACUUGUUAUCGAGAUCUUGCAAUGACUGUUUCAAUGAAGCACAUUAAGUGUUACAAACUUUUCAAAAGAGUGGACAAACAAGUGAUAGCACCUACUAAUGAAAUACAUGUUAAAGGGGGCACUACAAGAACAAGUUCAUUCAGGCUUAAAAAUGAAAAGUGCCCCUUUGCUCACACAGCUCUGCAGACAUGAGGCUUGGAUUUUCCUUCUGCAGCUGAAGAGCUCAUUAUUAAACACCUCCAACCCAGAACACCGAGUUCUGUACAACUGGAAUGUAUCUCCUGAUCUAAACAAUGUUUCUUUCCCAGCAAACAACAGAGUAGGCUUCUUUCAAUUUCAGUCUGAAGCAGCUCUACCUUGGGCCUUUCCUCUUAGGUUAAACCCUUUUAACAGCUCAGAUGACAAAAUUCAAUCAGGAGGCAGAGAUGUGAGAAUGCUUUGAAGAUAAUGAAGAACAAGGUUCAGUAGUGGGAAACAGGAACAUUUUCUGUUUAUAAGAUAAAUAUUUAAGUUCAUUAAAUCCUCUAAGAGACUGGAACCUAGAAGGAGGAGGCAGAGCCUGGCAGCUGGAAGAGGCUGGGUGUCCCAGUGCUGAGGAGUGGGGCUGGUGGCUGUGCCCUGUGACAGUGACUGACAUCACCUGGGCAGCCUGGAGCAGGAGUACAUUGAGCUGAGGCUCUCCAGCAUCGAACAAAUGGAGUCAUCGUUCCUGAGAGGAAAGCUAAUGAGGAAGCUGUGCUCUGACCCUACUGGGCAGUUACAGGGAAACACCCAGCACUUCUGGGAGUGACCAGCAGAUCUGGAACCCCACUGGUGCCAUGUUCAGUUCCAGCCCUGGCACCACCUGCUGAUGUAGGGAGAGCCAGGAUGGCUCUGGCUGUGUGACAAUGCAGUAAGUGCACUGUGCCUUUUCCAUCCUUCUUAACAGUCAGUGCUAACCUUGGCUUGUAACAGAACCCCAAAACUUUCCCAUAAAUCCAAGCACUUAGUGUGGCUCACCAGAGGAAGCAGAGCAAGAGGCACAUCAUUUUUGUUGGUGACAGCAGUGUAUGAUUCCCACUCUGAAGUUAGGUGUAAUCUCAGAAAGAGACAUCUUUGUCAAGUAAUAUUUGUGUUUAUUCUAAGCAAAAAUAGUUCCAUUGAUUUUAGUAGAAAAUACUGUGAAAACUGUCAAUAGUAACUUAAGUCUUUUAAUCAUCAAGAAAUCUAUGGCCAUUGGGGCUUGCACGUAGAAAUCCAAAGUCAUUCAGAGGCCAUAUCUGUAAAAUAAAACACAGUUACAAGAGAUUUUAAUCACAACUCAAAGUUCAGUAUUUUCAUUUGUUACUGUAAUCGUUUCAUAAACAGCGUAAUUUUUUAUCUCUUUGGUUGGCAGGGUAAAGAACUUUGCUCACUGAUGUGCUUUUCUUACUGGGAGUGAUAAAUUCUGUAUAUCACAGGGAAUCAUUCCACAGUGUGAACUUUAGAAUUUAUACAGCGCAUGCUUUGCUAUGGAGAGCCUCACGAAUUCCAUUACCUUUUUCAGCCUUGGAAAUAAAUAUGUUCCUAAAGAGUGUCUUUCAAA